GGCGGAAGCCAUGUUGGAGCUUCACCCGGAGCGAGGGGCUGCGAGCGUUCUCCUCUCCCCGUGGGUGUGACCGGGGUUCGGCGCGGCGCGGCUGCGAGGGGCGGGGACGGUUAGCCCGGUCGUCGCCGUCGUUGGCGGCGGCGGCGCGAGGGGAGCGGCGGCCGCGGCGUGGAGCCGGGCGAUUGUGACCUCCGGGGGAGCAGGGGUCCCGCCGCGGCUCCCACUCUCCGUGUGGCCCCCUGAGCGCCCCCCCUCCCCGGCCCGGGAGGGAGGCGGGGGGCACCCGGGCCCGCCAUGAACCCCGGCUUCGAUCUGUCCCGCCGGAACCCGCAGGAGGACUUCGAGCUGAUUCAGCGCAUCGGUAGCGGCACCUACGGCGACGUCUACAAGGCCCGGAAUGUUAACACUGGUGAAUUAGCAGCAAUUAAAGUAAUAAAGUUGGAACCAGGUGAAGACUUUGCAGUUGUGCAGCAAGAAAUUAUUAUGAUGAAAGACUGUAAACACCCAAAUAUUGUUGCUUAUUUUGGAAGCUAUCUCAGGCGAGAUAAGCUUUGGAUAUGCAUGGAGUUUUGUGGAGGUGGCUCUUUACAGGAUAUUUAUCAUGUAACGGGACCUCUGUCAGAAUUGCAAAUUGCAUAUGUUAGCCGAGAAACACUACAGGGACUAUACUAUCUUCACAGUAAAGGAAAAAUGCACAGAGAUAUAAAGGGAGCUAACAUUCUGUUAACGGAUAAUGGUCAUGUGAAAUUGGCUGAUUUUGGAGUAUCUGCACAGAUAACAGCUACAAUUGCCAAACGGAAGUCUUUCAUUGGUACACCAUAUUGGAUGGCUCCAGAAGUCGCAGCCGUUGAGAGGAAAGGGGGGUACAAUCAGCUCUGUGACCUCUGGGCAGUGGGGAUCACCGCCAUAGAACUUGCUGAGCUCCAGCCUCCUAUGUUUGACUUACACCCAAUGAGAGCAUUAUUUCUAAUGACAAAAAGCAAUUUUCAGCCUCCUAAACUAAAGGAUAAAGUGAAGUGGUCAAAUAGUUUUCAUCAUUUUGUGAAAAUGGCACUUACCAAAAAUCCAAAAAAAAGACCAACAGCUGAAAAGUUAUUACAGCAUCCGUUUGUCACACAACCUUUGACACGGUCUUUGGCAAUUGAACUAUUGGAUAAAGUGAAUAAUCCUGAUCAUUCCACUUACCAUGAUUUUGAUGAUGAUGAUCCUGAGCCUCUUGUUGCUGUGCCACAUAGAAUUCAUUCAACAAGUAGAAACGUGAGAGAAGAAAAAACACGCUCGGAGAUCAACUUUGGCCAAGUAAAAUUUGAUCCACCCUUAAGGAAAGAGACAGAACCACAUCAUGAACUUCCCGACAGUGAUGGUUUUUUCGACAGUUCAGAAGAAAUAUACUACACUGCAAGAUCUAAUCUGGAUCUACAACUAGAAUAUGGACAAGGACACCAAGGUAGUUACUUUUUAGGUGCAAACAAGAGUCUUCUCAAGUCUGUUGAGGAAGAAUUACAUCAGCGAGGGCAUGUGGCACAUUUAGAAGAUGAUGAAGGGGAUGAUGAUGAAUCUAAACAUUCAACCAUGAAAGCAAAAGUUCCACCUCCUUUGCCACCAAAGCCUAAGUCCAUAUUCAUACCCCAGGAAACUCAUUCUACUGAGGAUGAUAAUCAAGGAACAAUCAAGAGAUGUCCCAUGUCAGAGAGCCCAGCUAAACCAUCCCAAGUCCCACCUAGACCACCACCUCCCAGAUUGCCUCCACAAAAGCCUGUUGCUUUAGGAAAUGGAGUGGGCUCCUUCCAGUUAAAUGGUGAACGAGAUGGAUCAUUAUAUCAACAACAGAAUGAACAUAGAGGAACAAACCUUUCAAGGAAAGAAAAGAAAGAUGUACCAAAGCCUAUUAGUAACGGUCUACCCCCAACACCUAAAGUGCAUAUGGGUGCUUGUUUUUCAAAGGUUUUUAAUGGGUGUCCCUUGAAAAUUCACUGUGCAACAUCAUGGAUAAACCCCGAUACCAGAGAUCAGUACUUGAUAUUUGGUGCCGAAGAAGGGAUUUAUACCUUGAAUCUUAAUGAACUUCAUGAAACAUCAAUGGAACAGCUAUUUCCCCGCAGGUGUACAUGGUUGUAUGUAAUGAACAAUUGCUUAUUAUCAAUAUCUGGUAAAGCUUCUCAGCUUUAUUCCCAUAAUUUACCAGGGCUUUUUGAUUAUGCAAGACAAAUGCAAAAGUUACCUGUUGCUAUUCCAGCACACAAACUCCCUGACAGAAUACUGCCAAGGAAAUUUGCUGUAUCAGCAAAAAUCCCUGAAACCAAGUGGUGUCAGAAGUGUUGUGUUGUGAGAAAUCCUUACACAGGCCAUAAAUACCUAUGUGGGGCACUUCAGACUAGCAUUGUUCUAUUGGAAUGGGUUGAACCAAUGCAGAAAUUCAUGUUAAUUAAGCACAUAGAUUUUCCUAUACCAUGUCCACUUAGAAUGUUUGAAAUGCUGGUAGUUCCCGAACAGGAGUACCCAUUAGUUUGUGUUGGUGUCAGUAAAGGGAGAGACUUCAACCAAGUGGUUCGAUUUGAAACAGUCAAUCCAAAUUCUACCUCUUCGUGGUUUACAGAAUCAGAUACUCCACAGACAAGUGUCACUCACGUAACCCAACUGGAGAGAGACACCAUUCUUGUGUGCUUGGACUGUUGUAUAAAAAUAGUAAAUCUCCAAGGAAGAUUAAAAUCUAGCAGAAAAUUAUCAUCAGAACUCACCUUUGAUUUCCAGAUUGAAUCAAUAGUUUGCCUACAAGACAGUGUGCUAGCUUUCUGGAAACAUGGAAUGCAAGGUAGAAGUUUUAGAUCUAAUGAGACAAUUUUAGUGCCUAUUUCAUGUGCUUCAGAUAAUCAAUCACCCUUAUAUUCAGAACAGGAACUUCCUAAUUCUGCUAAACGUAACACAAGAAAUUUCAGAUAGCACAAGAAUUUUCAGACUGCUUGGAUCUGACAGGGUCGUGGUUUUGGAAAGUAGGCCAACUGAUAACCCCACAGCAAAUAGCAAUUUAUACAUCCUGGCGGGUCAUGAAAACAGUUACUGAGAAAUGUGCUUUGGCAGUUAACUAUGAAAAAAGAACACUACCACUGCAACACUAAUGGAUGCUUGAAGCUGUACAAAGGCUGCAGUAACCUGGCUGAGUUACUUGUAAUUUAUUGUGGCAUGAGACAAGAUGGGGAAGCUUUUUGUUUUAAGUGGUAUGGAUAUAUUUAGCAUAUUGAACCACACAAGUGCUUAAUUCAUUGUUAUGUAAUCUUUGUACAUAUAGGCAGUAUUUUUCUGUAAAACUUCAUAUUGCUAAAGACAUACACUAAGAAUUUAUGUAGAUAAUGUACUUUUAUGAGAUGUACAAGUAAGUGUCUUAUCUGUACAAAUGUAAAUGUUGAUGAAAAUGCAAUUGGAGUUAAUAUUUUAAGAAUUCUUUAGUAUACUCUUGGUGUGACUAUAUUACAAAAUGGGAUGCUGGCAAUGAAACAGUACAUUUAACACUAUUGUAUUUUUAUUAUAUGUAAUUUAGUAAUAUGAAUAUAAACCUUGUAACUUUUAAAGUUAUGAUGGAGGCUGUAAUCAUUUUAUAAUCUUGUUUUUAAUUUUAAUGCAAGUACACUGGUGUUUAUAUUUGCACAAAGUAUUGAUACGUGAUGCAGUCAGUCACAAAAGUAAGCUGUGACAUUGUCAAUAUGCAUUUGGCGCCACAACAUCUUUUUAAAAUGUAUUUGGAUUGUUUUCUAUGUGAAACAAACCAAUUAACCACCUGUUGUAGUAACUGGUCUUUUUAUAUUUAAGCAGAAUCUGUAAGAUUGCUUGUCUGUGCUUAAAAACAAUACCUUUGAAAAAAUUUUGAGUCACAGAAUAGCGGUACCAUGAUAUAACACUGCAGUUGUCUGAACUACAGUAUGCACAAAGAAUAAAUUAGCAUUAAUAAAGAGUCCACACUAAACAUUUCAUAUAAUCACAUUGAAGAGCUGUAACAUUCCAUAGAGUGAAGUGGUUCAAAUUUCUAGUGGAAUUUUUACUUUUGUUGGCCUUAUUUUAUGAUCAUUUUCCUAUUUUUUUUAUUUAGAGCAGUGGUUCUCAACCCGUGGGUCACGAACAAUGAAAAUACAUCCUGCAUAUCAGAUAUUUACAUUACGAUUCCUAACAGUAGCAAAAUUACAGUUAUGAAGUAGCAACGAAAAUAAUGUUAUGGUUGGGGGUCACCACAACGUGAGGAACUGUAUUAAAGGGUCGCGGCAUUAGGAAGGUUGAGAACCACUGAUUUAGGGUUUAACACAUGGCCAAAAUAAUUUAGUUACUACCUCAUAUAAACAGUAUAAUGGUUACUACACAUCACAGGAACUUAGUUUUGGUUCAAGUCAUUUUUUAUUGCUUUUUUCCAAUGGAAUAUGUAUAUACCAAGUUUUAGCAGAAUGCACACUCUUGGCUCUUUUUUGGUAUAUGGUCUUUAUAUUUUAAUGUAAGUAUAUACACUAAGAACAAACUAAAUUGUGAUUUAUGAUCUUCAUUUAUUUUAAUUGACAAUGCUUUUAAAUAUGUGUCUGAUUGUACAUAGUGUAAAAUAAACAUGUUUUUUUAACA